AUGAACUCUCUGAGACGUCUAGAUGUGGAAUCGUUUUCUGGGUUUGAGUAUCCUGAUGCCGAAAUCUGUAGAAAUGCUUUCUUGAAGGCUCUUUGGCUGAACACAAGUCUCGAACGCACAUGCUGCUUACACUCUGAGUACGAGGUGGAUGAAGAUUACGAGGUGUUUGAAGAUAUCAUUUCUUUUGGUUCCAAACUAGCCGUUCCUCUCAGUUUGAAUCAGGGAGGGCGGGGAGCACUGCAGAACCAAUCCAUAAAUUGUUUUCCACGAGGUCUCUGGGUGCUCGUUUACAAGAGGGCAAUGACACCCAAGUAUUAUGACGUUUCGGACGAGUGUGGCUACCCAACGCGUACACCGAUGUGA